AUGGGGAACUGGUGCGAGCCGUACAACUUCAUUGAAUGCCACAUUAAUCAUUGGCUGUGGUUGAUUGUUCCAGUUAUUCAGAUUGCGGUUGGAACAUCUGGUAACAUCCUGAAUAUCAUCGUCCUCUCCCGGCCAAAAAUACGAAAAUUCUCAACCAGCGUUUAUUUGUUAUCUUUAGCUGUUACAGAUAUCGUCUUCUUGUGGUCUUCAACCUUCCCAGAGGUUAAGCUGGAAAUCAGUGGUACACGCAUGGAGGAUUUGUCCAACUUUAGUUGCAAGGUUCGAUACUUGAUAGUCCAUGCUUCAGGUGGAUAUUCCGUAUGGCUCCUUGUGUUUAUGACCGCAGAAAGACUGUUUCUUACCAAGUCGCCCAUCAUUGCAAGGACAACACUUUCCACCAAAAGAGCAGUCAUUGCCUCUUGUAUUCUAUUAGCAGCGUGCCUGUUGUUUUCGUCUCAUUAUUUGUUUGGAAGACAUCUAGAAACAAGAUUCAAGUAUGGAAACGAUAGCGAAGUCAUAGACGUUUAUCAUCGCUGCGUUACAAUCGAUGCCUUUGACAGUUUUUAUGGAGUUACUUGGAACCUGCUCAUUUUGGUAGUACUGAAUAUUAUUCCUGUAAUUAUCAUAAUUGUAGGAAAUAUUAACAUAGUUGCAACUAUUUUUAUUCAAAGACGACACAUACGAAGAGUGAAUCCCGUCUCCAACCUACCUAGUGUUAUUGGCAACAGGAAAAAAUCCACAACGAAAAUGCUUUUAGUAGUGUCUGGGUUUUUUAUGAUAACAACCUUGCCUUUCACAAUAUUUGCUGUGCUUAAACCAAACAUCGCGGUACAGUCUCCAAGAGAUAAAGCAAGAAUAAAUUUGUACGAGACUAUAUGUGUGCUCCUGUUGUAUUGUAACUUCACUUUCAACUUUUUCCUGUAUUUUGUGAGUGGUACAAUGUUUAAACAGGAAUGGACACGACUGACAAAGAAGCUUUAUGACAAUUUCUGCGUGUGGGUUUCAUUUGACAUUCGAAGGCAACAAAGGACCACUGUUACUGUUAUCAGCUUGAUAAACAUCGUGAGGAGAGAAACACAUACAGUAUAA